ACCUUGGCGGCCAGCGGGACAGACCUGCCGUGGAGCGAUUGACAGGCUGCAGGGCAGAGUUGGCUGUGCGCGUGGACGCGGCUGCGGCAACGCGGAGAGCGGGAACGCCGGGAUGUGGAGCGGGUCCCUGGCCAGUUGACUGGAACCUUCCGAUUCGAGAUGGAGAUGGGUCUGUGCUGACCGGCAGUCUGGAGUAGAGCAGCACAGACCCUGAGACUUGAGUGAGCCCUUCCCACAUCCCUCACCCACUCCCAUCUGUUAGGACCAUUAUUCCUGUUCUUGGCCAAUCGAUUAGGAGAUCCUGCCCCGUGUUCACAAAGCCCACCCCAACCAGACGAGGGCCUCCCGACGGGCCUCUCAGCUGUCUCAGUCCCCUGGAAAAACCUUGGCCUCAGCAAAGAUCACAGGGAGUCCCCAGGAAGCCUGGUGGAAGCCUCUGCAUCCCGGAAGGAGGCCCAGGGUGAAGAACACUCAGCAGCUGUUCCGCUGGAUGUGUCACGCCUGCGCAGCUCCUCCAUGGAGAUCCGAGAGAAGGGCUCAGAGUUCCUGAAGGAGGAGCUGUACAAAGCCCAGAAGGAGCUGAAGCUGAAAGAUGAGGAGUGUGAACGGCUUUGCAAGGUGCGUGCACAGCUGGAGCAAGAGCUGGAGGAACUGACAGCCAGCCUGUUCGAGGAAGCUCACAAGAUGGUUCGGGAAGCCAACAUGAAGCAGGCUGCAUCAGAAAAGCAGUUGAAGGAGGCUUGGGGCAAGAUUGAUAUGUUGCAGGCAGAGGUGACAGCCUUGAAGACACUGGUCAUCACAUCCACGCCAGCCUCUCCCAACCGUGAGCUCCACCCACAGCUGCUGAGCCCCACCAAGGCUGGACCCCGAAAGGGCCAUUCACGCCAUAAGAGUACCAGCAGUUCCCUCUGCCCAGUUGUGUGCCCCACUGCAGGGCAUAUUCCUACCCCAGACAAAGAAGGCAAGGAGGUAGAUACGACCCUAUUUUCAGAGUUCCAGGCUUGGAGGGCAUCACCUACCCUGGAUAAGGACUGCCCCUUCCUGGAAAGGGUAUACCGGGAGGAUGUGGGCCCCUGCCUCGACUUCACAGUGCAGGAGCUCUCAGCUAUGGUGCGGGCGGCUGUGGAGGACAACACACUCACCAUCGAGCCUGUGGCUUCACAGACUCUGCCCGCUGCAAAGGUGCCCACCGUUGAAUGGAACACCACGAACACGUGUGCCCUGAGCGGACUGGCCCGUACCUGCCACCACCGAAUCCGCCUCGGGGACUCCGAGAGUCAUUAUUACAUCUCACCGUCAUCCCGGGCCAGGAUCACUGCAGUAUGCAACUUCUUCACCUACAUUCGCUACAUCCAGCAAGGCUUGGUUCGGCAGGAUGCUGAGCCGAUGUUCUGGGAGAUCAUGAGGCUUCGGAAGGGGAUGUCACUAGCCAAGCUUGGCUUCUUCCCCCAGGAGGCCUAGGGCACAGCCCCAGGCCUGAAUUAGGCUCUGAGCUAGCGCAAAUGGUUGCCUUGGUGCAGAAAUCCCGGAGCCCGCUUGAGCCAGAAGCUGAAAGGACAGAUAAACAGCCAGGCUGUUGAGACAGAACUAAGCCAGUCCUACCCGUUCCUCCUGGGACAGACGGAAGGACAGCCUGCCCUGGACUUCAUGAGAUGAACCUCUUGCCCACUGGGCUCUGUUGCCACCAAGAGAAUUUCAAGAAAGCACCAAAGACCAAGGAGCUGGGAGCCAUGUCGGGGAGAGGCUCAGCCCUAGGGAGGGUACCCUUGAGCAGCCAGUACCCCCUCUACAAUGUCCUGCUGCUUCCCAAUGCUGUUCCUGUCUUCAGAAAGGGAUUGUUCUAGGGUGACUGGAUUUCCAGAGUGUGCUCCGUUACAGCCUCUAAGCCCUGGGUCACCAGCACCCCCUUGUGGCCAUCUCUCACCCUGUUCCCAGGUGACCUCAUUAGAUGGCCCCAGUGGUGGGGCAAGUGUCUCCAAUCUAAACACAGUGGAGGGAUAACUGCCCCCAGAGUGCUCUGAAAAUGAGUCCAACCCGCCCCCCAGCCCCUCCAUUCCUCUGCAUAGAGGCCUCUCUUUCUCCUCCCUCCCUACGUCAACCCCAUCUCCAGGAGGUCCUGGUCCUAAAAUUGCCAAAGGCCUGUGCCCUUUCUUCCCAAAAUGUGCCACCAGGGGAGCCUCAGGAUGUAGUUGUGGGCAGGGGCCCCGAAUGUGGGACUGGAUGGAUUGGGCAAGCUACAUAGGAUCCGGACCCUGUUUUACCCAUCAUAGCCCCCUGGGAACUGGGCUUGGGGUAUCCAACCUGGACGUGUCCCUCACCACGCCCCAUUUCCUUCAAGUGGAAUGUAACACGAUCUCUAUUUAAUAAAGGAAGGCUUUGUUGGUAGGGGC